UUUACUCCCCUUUUGGUGUGUACUGGUAGAUGUUCAUGGCCAAGGUGAGUUUGUAGGACUUUUCUUUUGUGGGCAUGCAGAGGGUGCAGCAAGAAUGCUGACAAGAGAAAAAUCUUUUUAAAGGCUUGCCUGGAGUAUUUCUGAACAGCAAUGCAGAGAUGUCUUCUGGGCUGUGUUUUAAGUCACUUCCUGGGUAGCUGUGUCUCCCCCAGGGCAGGCAGUGGCCCAGGGCAGCAGCAGCCAAGUGCUCUGAGAGCACAGGAGCCCAUCAGUCUUUGCCCCUUGCCACGGGGAUGUUGCAGGAGCAGUGUGAAGCCCUCUGCUCUUUCCUCCUGUGCAGGUCCUGCUGGAAGAGCAGAAGGAGAAGAGUGCUUUAUCAGAGGCACUGCUCCAAACUCAGGGAGAGCUCAGCCGAGCCCGCCAGCAGGUCCAGCAGCUGAGGCAGGAGGUGACAGAGCAGCAAGAGAAGGGGCAGACCAUGAAGGCAAAUCUGCAAGCUGAGCUGGAGGAAGCUCACAGUGAAGCCCAGGCAGCUCAGAGGAGGCACGAGGAAGAGCUACAAGGCCUCAAAGAGGAAAUGAAUCUCCUCCUUGAGCAGAGGGAGGCUCUACAAAAGCAGGUGGCAGAGUUGACAUCUCAGCUGGCAGCCUCCCGAGAGUGCCAGAAAAGGACUGUGCAGAGAGCCCAGCAAGAUGUGAGGGAGGCCCAGGAAGAGUCCAGGCAGAAGUUGUUGGAGGUUGAGCAGAUGCAGAAGAUGCUGGAGGAGGCAGAACAUCAGAACAAGGAACUGCAAGUCCAUCUGGAGUACCUGGAGAGGAAAUGGAGUCAAUGGGAAGAAGUGGCUCAGCAAAAUUCAGAAUUGCAGGCUUCUGUCAAUGCCCUAGAGAGGGAAAAAAACAGGUAAAUGAAAUUCUGGGGGACUCUGCAUUGUGGUGAAUGGA